CGCCCCUCGCUGCUUAUGCCGCGGCCCCACUGCGCAGGCGCAGGCUCAGGUGCAUGUCGUUUGAAAGUAUGGCGCCUGCGGGCCCCCGGCUGGUGCUGUGUGAGGAGAAGAUCCGGGAGAAGAGCGGCCUGGCGCCUCACCACGAUCUGGCUGAACUUCAGUCAUUAUCUAUUCCUGGAACUUACCAAGAAAAGAUUACUCACCUAGGAACUUCUUUGAUGAAUUUGACAGGUCUAAAAUCUUUAGACCUCUCACGGAACUCCUUGGUGAGUCUAGAGGGCAUUCAGUACCUGCCCGCGUUGCAGAGGCUCAAUCUCUACUACAACAGCAUCUCCUCGGUGGCCGAAGUGCUGCGGCUCCGCUCCUUGACGGAACUCACUGAUGUGGACUUCCGGCUGAACCCUGUGGUGAAAAAUGAGUCCGAUUACCGCCUGUUUGUUGUGCACAUGCUCCCGAAGCUCAGGCAGCUGGAUGACCGUCCCGUGAGAGACAGCGAGCGGAAAGCAUCCCGGCUGCAUUUUGCAUCGGAGGAAUCACUCACCUCAAAGCAGAGCUUCCCAGCUGCUUUCAGAGUUGGAAGACCAUGCCACUCUAGGGCCCUGUGCGCUGACCCCUCGGUCAAGAAGUGCUUGGUCAUGGAUGCAGAUGACGAGGCGGUCCUGAACCUCAUUGCUGAGUGCGAGUGGGACUUGAGCAACCCUCCUGGGAGCACAAGUUCCAGCCAGAGGGAGCGAGAGGCCGACCUCCGUAGUUCCCAAGAACCCAGACAUAUGUUGAGUCCUCAGUCAAUACAGCACCAGUGUGGGGAUUCCGUAAAGAAGGGCCAUGAGAAGAGGAAAGGUGGCUCUCGAGGGUGUGGUCCAGAAAAGAGGCUUCAGAGCCAGUACUGCGGGGAGCUCCUGCCACAGUGUGGACAGCACGUGCACUUUACCCCCCACCCAGAUUCCACAGACAUUGAGGACUCCGCCCUUUCUCAGAAGUCAAGUUUGUCAGCACAAAAGGUGUUAAAUCCAUUGCCUGCCUCUGAAAAGUACAGGAAGCGAAGAGUGCCUGGUGGGAGAUUCCAGGCACCUGCAGACCAGGAGUGUCUGAGACACCUGGAGAGGCCCAACGGGUCCUCGAGCCCCGAGGAGACUCUGAGCAGGCAGAGUGGCUCGGAGGGCAGGAGCGAAAGGACCUUGUCUCGCUCAGAGGUAUCGGAGCCUGAGGAGGAGGGGCCCCGCAGCAGGAGUGGCACCGGAGAGGUGGCUCCCAGACUGUACUCAGCUGUGCCGCCUGUGGAGAAGGCUGCCCUGGAGGUGGCGCUUCUGGAGGCGCUCCUCGACCUGGUGGACAGGUACUGGAGUGGCUGCAAGUCCCUGCAUGGCAACGAGGUGUUCCGGGCUCAGGCAAGACAUGUUUUGUCCUCUGUGCAAGAGCUCACAACAGCUCAGGGUAGUUCAGCAAGUGUGUGUGAAGAACUUAGCUACCUUACUCUGGAGAAUGAAUCUCUGCAGAAGCGCCUCGCUGAACAGCAGCAGCAGUACCGCGUAAAGAUGAGCGAGGCGGCGUCGGAACUGAGCAACGCGCAGAGGGAGGUGGAUGACUUGAGGCAACAUUUAGACAAAUCUUUGGAGGAGAAUAGUAGCCUAAAGGCUCUUUUGUUCAGCAUGAAAAAAGAAGCGAAGAAUGCAGACACUGCAGCUACAUUAAAUGUGCAGAUCACUGGACUUCAAACAAGUGUGAAGAGGCUGUCCGGUGAGAUUGUGGAAUUAAAGCAGCACCUGGAACACUAUGACAAGAUCCAGGAGCUCACCCAGAUGCUGCAGGAGAGCCACAGCUCCCUGGUCACCACCAACGAGCAUCUCCUGCAGGAGCUGAGCCAGGUGCGGGCGCAGCACAAGGCCGAGGUGGAGCAGCUGCACUGGAGUUACAGGGAGCUCAAGAAGACCAUGGCCCUGUUCCCGCAUGGCAGCGCCGGCCUCGGCGGCUGCUAGCCCCAGCAACGCCCCGCGCCCAAACCUGGCCUCCGGGGCCCGUGGCUGGCGCAUUUGUAUUUGUUUUGCCAAGCCUAGUGAAACGUGGGCUUUCUUUUCUACCUAGUGUGUUUGUUGGCGAGAGCUGGGUUUUCUGUUCGUAAUUAUCCCAAGUUGUGAAACGUGUUCAGGGCCUAUAGCUCGGUUUUCUGAAACAUCCUGAGAAAGACAGGAUUGAUCUGUCUGUGAGUCUGUGAGUAAGGGUACGCACGGUGUAGUGUUUGCAGAGAGCUGGCAACCAGGGUUAUUACUCCUCAGACUCCAGCAAGCUGCUCCUGUUGCCUGAAAUACAACUGAGGUUUUACCCCCAAAAAAGGAUUAGUCUAAGACAAGAAACAUGGAUGUGUUCUGAGACCAACAUUAUUAAUUUUUCAUAAAACACCUUGAGAUCAAAUGCAGUAUUUUCCUCCCCGAUGUAAAGAAGAAUGGUGUCUGAUCACUAAGUGAUUUUGUGUGACACUCAGUCCUUGUUUAAUAAACUAAUAGGUCGUUUUAAAAAGUGGCUUUUUGUAAAUCAUAA